UAAUUUUGGACCUAAAUUGAACAGGGACUUGGCUUGUUGACCCUGUCAGCCGUGCUUUCUUCUUCUGAGAUCCAAGUAAUAUUCUUCUUCUUCUCCCUGUAUCUAGUAGCUGUUGCACAAGGCGGACACAAGCCUUGUGUUCAGGCAUUUGGAGCUGAUCAGUUCGAUGUCUCAGAUCCAGAGGAGUGCAAAGCCAAAAGCUCAUUCUUCAAUUGGUGGUAUUUUGGGUUGUGUGCAGGUACGUCCGUGACGCUUAUCCUAUUGACCUACAUACAGGACAACCUGAGUUGGGGUCUGGGUUUUGGAAUUCCUUGUAUUGCAAUGGUCUUUGCACUGUUAAUUUUCCUGCUUGGAACUAGAACUUAUCGGUACAGCAUUAAAGGGGAUGAAGAAAGUCCUUUUGUAAGAAUUGGAAGGGUGUUUGUUGCUGCUUUAAGGAACUGGCGAACUUCUCCCUCAGCAGUAACUUCUGAAGAGGAAUCUCGCGGAAUCUUGCCUCACGAGAGUUCUGAACAAUUCAAGUUUCUCAACAAAGCCUUGCUUGCACCGGAUGAUUUGAAGGAAAACAGAAAGGUGUGUACCAUCGUUGACGUUGAAGACGCAAAGGCUGUUCUUAGGCUUUUUCCAAUAUGGGUUACAUGCUUGGCAUAUGCGGUUGUGUUUGCACAGUACUCCACUUUCUUCACCAAGCAAGGUGCCACCAUGGAUAGAACCAUUGUGCCUGGCUUCAAUGUACCAGCCGCUUCACUUCAGACUUUCAUCAGCAUUGCCAUUGUCAUCUUCCUUCCCAUUUAUGAUCGCAUUUUUGUUCCAAUUGCUAGAUAUGUCACGGGGAAACCCGCUGGAAUUACAAUGCUGCAAAGAAUUGGAACGGGGAUGGUCUUAUCUAUUAUUUUGAUGGUAAUUGCAGCUCUAGUUGAGAUGAAGAGGCUCAAAACUGCCAAAGAUUAUGGCCUGCUUGAUACGCCGAGUGCCACGGUUCCAAUGAGCAUCUGGUGGUUGGCUCCUCAGUACUUAUUGGCCGGAAUAGCUGAUGGUUUCACAAUGGUCGGUCUGCAAGAGUUUUUUUAUGAUCAGGUGCCAAAUGAACUAAGGAGUGUAGGACUCGCCCUCUAUCUCAGCAUCUUCGGCGUGGGAAGCUUCCUAAGUAGCUUUCUUAUUUCCAUCAUCGAUGACAUAACCAGUUUAGCAGGCGAAAGCAGCUGGUUUUCGAGUAAUCUUAACCGUGCACAUCUUGAUUACUUCUAUUGGCUGCUUGGUGGAAUCAGUUUGGUACAAUUGGUUAUCUACCUAUACUUUGCAAAAUCGUACAUUUAUAAAUCCCACGCCUUGUAACUUAUUAUUUGAGCACAGUGAUCUACGCAUCACCGCCGUUGGUUGUAAAUCAGAAAUGUGAAUCUGUAUGAUUGGAAAUCUACCGUGUAUAAUUUAUUCCAGAGUUAUCUAGAUGGAAUCUAGUGAUAAAUUGCAUACGCAUUACUUCUUUUAAAAA